AUGACUGGAGGCUUUGAAGGGCUGCACAACUCCGUGGGGAAGCAAGCUAUGGCCUGCGUGCAUUGCUGGAGCUCUGGAGGGCUAGCAGGAUCGGGCCUUGCAUGUGCUAGGCUCGCAGUGGAGGCCUGGCAUGCGAGGUGGGCUCGAGCUGUGGCUGGUUGGUGCUGGAGCUGGCGUUCGCUGGGCCUUCGUAUGGAAUGUGGGCCAGGUGCUGGAGCUGUCUUGUGCGAGGUGUGGGCUGCGCGCGCUGGAGUUGGGCCUUGCGCGAGACUUGGGCAGCGCCUGCUGCUGUUUGGAGCGAACGGGCCAGGCGCUGGGCGGGCCUCCGUGCUGGACUUGGUGUUGGGCUGCGUGCUGACCAGGCUUUGA